CCCGCCUUAGGGAUUCCCAGAUGUUCACAGAGGAUACCAACAAUACUUUGGGUGGCAAUGUAGACAUAUCAGAAUGCAUUGAAAUGCUGUGCACAGAAGAAGAAGAAAUAAGGGCGUGUUUAAAAAAACUUGAUGAUAAUAAACAAACCCCUAGAUUGUUUUACACAUCUACUCCUAAGCCAACCUCUUCUAAACAGAAACUAGCAGAUCAUGCAUUCGCAACUAAAGCAGCGGUACCUCAUGCAAGUGAGCCAGAGAUUACAGUUUUGGAUGAUAAGGGUCCAGCAAGAGUGGGAAAGAAGGACUCUGUGGCAGAGGGUGUCCCAGUAGGAAAAGACAAGCCUGACGACACUGCACAUAUUUCUUAUGCAAAGAACCAAGUAUUCAGUGACCCUGGAACUAAUUUAAACAAUAAUAUUAACAAACCCUGUGAGAAGCUCCAAGAGCAAGUGUCAACCAUCACAUCGACGACUCACAACUCAACCCAGGACAAAUCCUCCACAGCCACAAACUGUAGGUCCGCCAUGAGUGGGGAGGAUGGUGUGGAAAUGCCUACCACCACAAAUGGCUCAGUCAAUCAGUUAGAACAAAUUGGCAGUAAAAAAUCAACUGAUAAUGGUUUCAGUAAAUCAGAUGGUGAGUCCAUAGGUGUAACAGAUCAGCAAAUACCAAAUAUUACUGUAUCCCUCCCCUCAUGUGAUGGCAGCAACGUUGAUCUGGCUGUUGUCAAGGAGGAGACAACAAAAGACCAAGAAGAAGCUGGUGAAUUUCAUUACUCUGUGAUUGACACUGUUGUCCAUGUCUUCGACUCUGAUGAUGAAGAGCUGUUUUAUACCCAGUCUAUUUUUGGCAGUCCGCACAGAGUUAACAAAGAAUCUCAUGAUAAGAAUUCAACUGAGACCCUUAGAGAAGAUCCUGGUGGUCUUUCUUCAUCCAGCCCUGUUGACCUAGAUGUAGGAGAAGAUGAAACAAUGGACUCACACAGCAGUGAUGACCAAUGGGAUGAUGACUUGUAUAUGGCUCACACUCAAGUUGACUACAUCCAAGACGACCAAGAAGAUACAACAAAAGAUGGUGACACCAGAGACUCUGAAAAACCUAGAUCUUGUUCUCCUGUGGCAGAGGUAGAUUCUCCAAGCUGGGACUUGUUUAAUGAUGAAACUCAAAUAGACCCUUCCUCUCCUGAAGUUACAAGCUCUUUUCCAGACAGAGCUUUUGAGAUGGACACCCAGCCUCCGGCAGAUGGUGUUGUCUACAAUAUGGAAAAGGAUUUUGUUGAAGUUACAGACUGUGAUAAUGAUGACCCAUAUUUAGCCCAAACUCAAGCUGAUUCUGUAGAAGUCCCAAAAGAAGAUGUUUCAAAUACAAAGAAAAAGAUGGUAGAGCCAUUUGAUAUUGAAACUCAGGAUGAUAUUUUGCCCAGUUUUUCUGUGAAAAUCUCUAAAAAUGAUGUAUUAAGUGCAAAGGAAGUGGUGGUGGGACCAUAUGAUGCAGCCACUCAAAACGACUCAUCGUCUGAUGAUAACUUAAAUUUGAAUGAAGACGUAUAUGGCAUUGCCACUCAGCACAGCUCAUUGUCAGGCGAUAAUGUAAAUGUGG